GCGAGCCGAGCCUCCUGGCGUGGGCGCGCGCCGUAUUUUGCUCCUUUCUCUCCAUCCUUCUGUUUGAAAAAACUGGAGAGUCGGUUCGCCUCCUUGCAAGUACCCCUGCCAUCUCUAUGCAGGGUGCUCUCACUCGCCUCUCCUUCUGCCCACGCAUGCAGCCCUUCCGUCGCCUCCUCCAUUUCGUUGCCGCCGUCCGAAGAAGCCCGACUCUGCCCGCCGGCGUGUUCUGCCGAUGUCCCGACGGGCCGAGCCCUAGGGGCAUUUGUAGGGCUCUUAGUUCUCGAGCCCGCGGGGACGAUCUUAGCAGCGGCGACGAGAGGUUCUCUCUGCCGGAGUCGAGAGUGACAAGAAAGCGGACGGGCAAGACCCGGGUGUCGUGGGUCUGUGAGAACUGCGGUGAGUCAUUCGGCCAGUGGUGGGGCACUUGCCAAUCCUGCAAGCUCGUCGGGACGCUCCGCCAAUUCUCGGAAUUGGAGGCUGCUGGCGCGGGGGAGAGGAGACGGGGCUCCGAGGUGGCGGAGGGUGUCACCAGGUCAUGGUUCCAACAGGGCUCAGGCGAGGCGCGGCCGCUCAGUUUGGCGGACGUCAGCAAGAGGGUCAAUCCGGCUGAGUGGCGGAUUCCUCUAUCUGGACUUUUUGGGAUGGAGGUUGCAAGGGUUCUUGGUGGAGGAGUUGUGCCAGGCUCCUUAAUUUUAAUUGGUGGUGAUCCUGGUGUUGGGAAAAGUACAUUUUUAUUGCAGAUUGCUGCUAUGCUCGCUGAAGGAUGUGAUGCCAGUGGCCCUGCUCCUGUUGUAUAUGUCUCAGGUGAAGAGAGCAUCGAGCAGAUUGGCAAUCGUGCUGAUCGCAUGCAAAUUGGGACUGGAUACCUUUUUCUAUAUUCAAGUACUGACAUUGAGGAUAUCUUGGAAAAAAUCCUAGUGCUUUCUCCUCGAGCUCUAAUUGUUGACUCUAUUCAAACUGUAUACUUAAAAGGUGUGCCUGGAAGUGCAGGAAGUGUUUCGCAGGUCAAGGAAUGCACUUCUGCAUUGCUGCGUUUUGCCAAGCAAACAAAUGUCCCUGUGUUUCUGAUUGGGCACGUUACAAAAACUGGAGACAUUGCUGGCCCACGUGUACUAGAGCACAUUGUUGAUGCUGUUCUGUAUAUGGAAGGUGAGAGAUACAUGUCCCAUCGUUUGUUGCGGUCUGUAAAGAACCGUUUUGGAUCCACCGACGAGCUUGGGGUAUUUGAAAUGUCCCACUCUGGUCUUCAAGCUGCUUCAAAUCCAAGUGAGAUCUUCUUAAGUGAGAAUAAUUGUAAUUCAGAAGUUUUAGCGGGCUUAGCCGUCUCUGUUAUUAUUGAUGGAUCUCGGAUCUUUCUCCUGGAGGUUCAGGCAUUAUGUUUAUCUGGGGUAGCUGUUGCAAGACAUGUAAAUGGAGUAAAAGAAAGCAGAGCUGACAUGAUAAUAUCAGUUCUUCUGAAGCAAGUGGGUUUGAAACUUCAAGAUAAUGCCAUUUUUUUGAAUGUUGUUAGCGGUAUGAAGUUGACAGAGACAGCUGGGGAUCUUGCAAUUGCAGCUGCUAUUUGCAGUAGCUUUUUGGAGUUUCCAAUACCUAAGAAUGUAGCUUUUAUCGGAGAAGUUGGUCUUGGUGGCGAGCUUCGAACGGUUGCAAGAAUGGAUAAGAGGCUUAACGAACUUAUUAAGUUGGGGUUUAAGAAGUGCGUUAUUCCAAAGGUGGCAGAGAAGUCGUUCAAGGCCAUUGACACAAGCGGGAUAACCAUAGUGACUUGCAGCAACCUGAAAGAGGUUCUGAACAAAGUAUUUCGGACAGAUUAAGUCCUCCUUUCACAACUUUCCUCGAUGUUAUGGGUUGGGGUUUAAGAAGUGCGUUAUUUUGGUGUACUGUUGUACAUAACAACUAAGGUAAAUGGGCCGAUGUUAUUAAGGGCUUUUGCUUUAUUUUGGUGCGACUUUGUUCAUAAAAUCUAUGGAUACAAAUGGAUCGGAUGUUAUGGAGGAGCCUUACCAUUUACCAUUUAUUAAAUGAAUUCAACCAUUGUUACUGUA